CUUCCACGCCCUGACUUGCAAGACACGCCCCUUGAUGAAGGCCUCACAUGGUUUGUUGAUGGCUCUUGCUCCAAAGCCCCUGAUGGAAAAAACCUGACUGGUUUUGCAGUUGUUCAGCUUCCUGACACAGUCAUCUGUGCUGAACAACUCCCUUCUCAUUUUUCUGCUCAAGCUGCCGAGAUCCUCGCACUUACAAGAGCCUGUGAAUUAGGUGCAGGAAAAGCUGUCACAAUCUACACUGACAGUCAGUAUGCUUUUUCAACCUUGUUUUACUUUGCCAAACAGUGGGAACAGAGGGGCAUGACCACAUCUACAGGAACGCCUGUUACACAUGCCUCUCUGCUCAAAGACCUUUUGCACAAAAUCACAUUACCUUCCCGUGUGGCCGUGUGCAAGUGUGCAGCUCACACGGG